CGCCCGGCCGGUGCAAGCCGCACAUGAGCCGCCGCACAUGACUCCGUCGUCAAAUCCUUUGGCCCGGUUGAAAGGCGAUGUUCGAUGAAAGGUCGCAGCCAGACAGUGAUGGGACGGCCGAUGGCGAAAGUCAGGCAGCGGCAGAUGAGGAAGACGUCGAUGACGACCGCAUCGCUUUCGCCAGUCACGAAAGUGGGACUGAAAACACAGUACAUGCAGAGGAACGAGCCGUGCAGGAGCUUCUGGAGAAAUACGCCGAGGUCAACCCUGACGACUUCCCCUCGUUUCGUCUGCCAGUCUUCUUGGCCGACAAGAUGCAGACUACUUGGCAGGCCUUUUUGCAGAAAUACUCCUCCAGAGAGUUCGCAGGUGAAGCUAUCUUCGACUCUAUCAUGGAGGAAGCACCUACGCUACAAGGUAUGUUCAAGAUGCCAAGGUCGGUCUUCGGGAUUCGUUUCACCAUGAGCUUCACGAACAUCAUCGGAAAUUGCAACGAUGCGGCGCUCCUGAAGAGGUUAGUUGAGACCCUGGGUUUCCAACACAUGGAUUUGGAGGUCACCGGGCCUCGCGUGGGAGUUAUUCGAGAUGCCAUUAUGGCAGUGGUGGAGAACGAGCUGGGGGUAUCUCUGGAGCCUGUCGUGGGCCGUGCUUUCAAGGCAAUUCUGAACUACACCGGCGGCGCCUUCAUUUUUGUGAAGUGCGAACUGGGCGGUCGGAUCAGGAUCAUCCAGCGAAGCUGGCGGAUCGCGAACCGUAAUGAGCUACAAGAGGGUGAAGAUCCUACUGGAAGCCAACUGGGGACCAUGGAAGAAGUCCAGGAGGAAGUAGAAGAGGAGGAGUAUCUGACGAUGCAGGACAACGAGGAAAUUGCUGCCAUUCUUGACGCCAAUGGUGACAAGGGCCAGAACGCAAAGGUUCCGUCCACCUUCCCCGAGAUGUUCCUCUUCAAUGCUGCAGUCAUGGGCUUUAGCGAAAGUAAGUGGAUGAAACAGGUGCUGGCUUCGCUGGAUGCUAUCGCCACGAAUGUGGCAAAUUCAGCGAGACUUCAGGAAGAGUGCGACGUGCUGUCUUUGGUUCUUGCCAAGUACAAGGGAGUGAUCAACCUCCCAGAGUUCAAGGCGGUGAUGUUAGCGUCGCUACGCUCCGUGGUCCCGCAAGACUGGGAUAUGGAACAUGAAACUGCAUGGACCUGGUUUUGGGAAAACGUCGAGCGAAUGCUGACGGCAAUGAUGGGCACUCCCCUCCGCUAUGAGAAGGCCUUGCGGAACUGGUUGGGCGACAUCAGCGAGGAGACCCGGAUGAAGUGGCGAAGGCUGGUCUUCUCCAAGCUCUUCAAGACCACCCCGGCGGCACAGAACUAUCUGAAACAGUCGACGGGCCGAUUGCAUUUCAUUGCAGAUCGGAUCUUGGAGAUGACCUUGGAACUCUACAUGGAUCCUUUGACCAUGGUCGAUCAGAUUUCUGCCUGUGGCCUCCGACACGUCGGCUACGGCGUGCCCACAGAGCUUUUUGUGCCACUGGUGGCGGCCUACACCGAUGCUUACUGA